AUGUCUGGUGCAUGCAAGCCACUCCACAGUUUGGUGAUGACGCCGUUGUAUGUGGCUGCCAAUAGGAAUCACGUUGAGGUGGCAGAGACCUUGCUGAAGCAUGGCGCUAACAUUGAAGCCAAGAACAACAAUGACAACACGCCAUUGUACUACGCUUGCUUACAUAAUCAAGUGGAUCUGGUAGAAAUCCUGCUGAAGCAAGGCGCUGAUAUUGAAGCCAGGAAUAAGGCAAGUCAGCAUUUCUCUGUUUCUUUCCACAGGUCCGCAGGUCCGCAGUAUGGCUACACGCCAUUGCACGAGGCUUGCCUGAGGAAUCACGUAGAGGUAGCAGAGACCCUGCUGAACCGUGGCGCUGAUAUUGAUGCCAAGAAUGAGGCUACCACCCCACAGUUUGGCAUGACGCCGUUGCAUGUGGCUGCCGAUAAGAAUCACGUGAAGGUGGCAGAGACCCUGCUGAAGCAUGGCGCCGACAUUGAAGCCAAAAGCAACCUUGGUUGCACGCCACUGUGCUGUGCUUAUGUUUAUAACCACGUGGGAAUGCUGGAGGUGCUGAUGAAGAAAGGGGCUGAUAUUGUCGCCAGAGACCAGUCUGAGCACCUGGCUAUUGUGGACAUGCUUCUGAAUCAUGGUGUAGAUGCGGAUGCACUGAACGAGACAAAUCAAAGCCCACUCAGCUAUCAACUCAGUCGCCCGCAGACUAAUCAGCAGUUGAUCAUCAGAUUGCUUUGUGCCAGUCGCAAGCCCGGCACGUACCACAGCUCCAAUCCAGAAGCCCAAGCCGUUCUUUUGGCCGAGAAAAACAGGCGUUGCAAGGCAUCACUGGGUAUCCUCUUUAGUGCUGGAUGGCGCAUGGAGCCAAAUGCCUUUGAGGACUGCUUUGAUCGUACUCCUCCUACCGCUUCCAAUCUGGCCGUCAGGGAAAUGGGGGAGGGGGGGGGGGGAUUCGUUGCCCUCGUCAAGGUUAUCAACGGCGCCGGCCUGACAAAGCUGGCAGGCGUGGAGGUUGAUAUUCAAAAAAGCAAAACCUCAAAGGGACAGACCGGCGUGCAGCAAGUGGUCCAAAAGCACGUGGUCAUCCAAUCGUCUCGGGUCAAAAACUCCAGCAUCCAGGGGUAG